CUCGCGCACAUCGUCGCGCACCAGCGGCAGCUCAGUCCGAUAUCGACGUUCGAACAAGACGCAUAUUCACCGUGCCACCGACACUGCGAAAUUCGACGCGGGCUCGCGGUGUCCGCGCUACUCGCCUUUCUGCUGACGAUAACAUAGAACAACGAAGAACGCGGAGCAACGGAGGCGAGACUCGGGGGCGGAGAAGUGGUACACAUGGGUACCAAAUCCUCCGGAGAUUUCGCUCUGCAACGACAGAUGUGCGUCCGCUGCAACGUCGGUCCGACACGUCCGAAGACUAUCGAGUUUAAGUAACAAGCUUUCGCUGAGAUUGUGAUUAUUUCGAUCGACUCUCUGUGCCGUGGCGAAUCCGAGACAACGACGAGGACGACGACGACGACGACGAAAAGCGCAACGUUAACGUCGACGAUCACGUCUUCCUCGCGCGCAGAGUCGAGCCGAGGGAGACCAACUAUGAUGCUGAACUCGUGAUUUCCAAUCGUACCGAUUUCCAAUUACACGGCAGCGACUUAAAAGCAGUUCGACCACAUGAGUUAGAAAGAUUGCCAACGUUGAUUUUGGCUGAAACCGAAGAGGCACUCAAUCAAAGGCUGACGAGAAUAAUCCUUCCGCGCAAAUCGAGCUAUUUCAGAUUGCAAAUAAUCACAUCAUCAGCUGCUCCGAGAAGCCAGAAAUUAAAUCUCCUCCUCUCGUCCUUGUUUCUCUCAUUUUGUUCUGCUUUCCGACUUUUCGUCUCUCUCUUUCUCCUCCGCUCUGUCUCUCUCCCCCUCAUUUAGAUAUCUCGCUUCCGCGCGGAGGAUCGAUCGAUAUUUCGUCCCGACGGUAGCUAUUAACGACAAGCGUACUUUCAUUCGCCUGUUCCCACUCUGUUCUUCACGCUACGAUUGCUUCCAAACGUAACGCAAGGUGCAAACCCCUCGCUUCUUCCAUCAAUGUCAGGUGGCGCGUGCUAACUCCGCGUAUCCUCUGCGCGUCGAUAUCCUUUAACAGCUCACGUGACCGGAGGUCGCGGAUUCCUUCGUAACGUCGCGUAACCCGGCGCUCGAUUUUUAUUGGGUCAACCCUCAAAACCCCUCUCCGUCUCGCGAAAUAAAUCCUGACUCAUCUUUGACGUAUCCUUUUGCAUACCCUCGCACUCUCUCCGCCCCGCAAGCCGUUCCUACGCGGUCGCGCGUAUGCGUCCGCAAACAGUCAAUAAGAAGUAUCAUCGAAACACACACGAAUCGAAGAAGGACAGCCGAGACUCAGAUAUAAAGACUAUUUCCUUUUGUUCGCCGAGAAGAGUACACAUAAUACUAGCGAGAGCGGAUUGUCGUCGGUUGCUGCUCGCGGGAAGGACCGAUCUCAGUAUUUUUACACGACGGCGUGAAGCACUGUUAAUAUUGCGAUAAAAUAGUGAGAAGAUAACUACUCUUAUACUGCUGUUAUUGUUAUAUUGUUGUUAAGACUAUUAAGACUAUUGUUAAUCCCCCGUUGUUGUUGCACAUUCGCUGUUCACCGCCGACUGUUAUUAUCGCGAAAUCGAUCGAUUUCGCGACGCGACGGUGUAACAGCGACAGUGGUGAGAAAGAAAAAUACCCGCGACUUUACGAGGACACGCGUGCUUUUGUCGAAUCGUGUCGGGAACGAGAAGGACAGAGAAGAAUCCGAGCAACGAGUCAGUGUACAUAAAGCGGGAAAGGAAAUAAACAGACAGCAGGAAGCGGAGGUGACACGUGGGUUCGUGGGACAAAUAAACACCGACUGUGCAAAAAGUCUCAUUUAAGUACACUGUUUUCGCGGUGAUCGAUUCUUUGUAUACCCUUCGGGACCCCACGGGAGAAUGGUAGUCAAGACCGAGACCGCGAGAAAUGGGCACGAGUUGGCACCGUUGAACGAAAACCGCCAACUCCAGAACGUGACGAUCGUGGCGGAAAGUCAAAAUGUCGCGGACGGCCCGGAGGCGAAUGAGAACAGAGCGGCAUGGAGCGGGAAAAUGCAAUUCUUCCUCAGUAUUAUCGGGUACAGCGUGGGUCUGGGCAAUAUCUGGAGGUUUCCCUAUCUGUGCCAACAGAACGGAGGUGGUGCCUUCCUCAUCCCUUUUUUUGUGAUGCUCAUCCUAGAGGGUGUACCCCUCUUUCUGAUUGAGCUGGGCCUCGGGCAACGUAUGCGGCAGGGUGCUCUGGGUGUUUGGAACACUAUACACCCUUGGUUAGGCGGCAUAGGAAUCGCGUCUUGUAUAGUUACUUUUUUCGUCGCGCUUUACUACAACGUAAUUAUUACCUGGUGCUUCUACUACCUCUUCAACUCGCUCGGGGCUGUCACGAUCAAUUUUGGUCAAUCACUGCCGUGGGCAACGUGCCCCGAAAAGAACGGGGAAGUGAUCGAGGAAUGUGCCAAGAGUUCGGAGACCGCAUAUUUUUGGUACAGGGUUACCCUGGACGCGGCACCGUCGAUCGAGGACGGCCAAGGUCUCAAGUGGUGGAUCGUACUUUGCCUCUUGCUCAGCUGGAUCGUCGUCUUCUUCAUCGUAAUGAAGGGAAUACAAUCGUCCGGCAAAGUGGUAUACUUUACGUCCAUGUUCCCGUAUCUCGUGCUGACCAUCUUUUUCAUUCGCGGGAUAACGUUGAAAGGCGCGAGCGCCGGACUGGCGCACAUGUACACACCGAAGGUCGAGAAACUGUUGGAACCUACGGUCUGGCUUGAUGCGGCGACUCAGGUCUUCUAUAGCUUCGGGCUGGCGUUCGGUUCCCUGAUCGCGUUCGGCAGCUACAACACUCCGAAUAACAACUGCGUUCGGGACGUGAUCCUGGUGAGCGUGUGCAACGCGUUUACUGCCAUUUACGCGAGCGUUGUCAUUUUCGCCAUUUUGGGGUUCAAGGCAAUGUCAAACGUGGAGAAGUGCGUUGUCAGCGCGAGGGACACCCUGGUACAUAAUGGGCUCUUGAAUAGCACCAUGCCGUUCGCCCUCGAGGACUACGAACGCUUUAUGAAGACCUUCAACUCUUCGGCAGUGAACUUCACAAUGAGACCGUGUAGUCUCGCCGAGGAACUGAACAGCGCCGCCGAGGGUACCGGGCUGGCUUUCAUCAUAUUUACACAGGCGAUCGUGGAGCUGCCGGGCGCGCCGUUCUGGUCUUGCAUCUUCUUCCUCAUGCUUCUCGCCCUUGGUCUGGGCUCGCAAAUCGGAAUACUCGAAGGCAUGCUGUGCGUAAUCUUCGACAUAGAUCUUUUCAAAAGAAUAAAAAAGCAAUACAUGACGGGAGUCGUUUGCGUCGUGUGCUUUUUCGUCGGGCUUAUCUUCUGCACCGGUGCCGGAGAGUACUGGCUGAAGAUGUUCGACAGCUUCGCAGGUACCAUCGGUCUUGUCAUGGUCGCGCUCAUGGAGAUGAUCUCCGUGGUCUUCGUGUACGGCCAUGAAAAAUUCACGAAAGACAUCGAGGAGAUGACCGGAUAUAGGCCAGGGGCUUAUUGGCAGAUCACGUGGCGAUUUCUCGCCCCCAUUAUAAUGGUUGGAAUUCUCGUGUCUAGCAUCGCUUCCAUGUUCAUUAAGAAACCACAAUAUUCAGCAUGGAAUGCAACAUUGGGUGCGACAGAAUACACGAAUUAUCCCAGCUGGGUGCUGGGCAUCGCUGCGGUCAUUAUUUUCGCGGGUAUCGCGCCGAUCCCGAUUGUUUUUCUCCUACGGCGAUUCCAAUUGGUGAAACUCGAUGUGGACAUACAUCAAGGAAGCAUACGUCGUAUAGACACAACUGUUUCCACCAAAGAAAUGAUGAAUGAUGUCGACCUUGACGAAUAUCCCGAUCGACUCGAGGAUUUCCCGGAAGAGGAUGAGGAUGAUAUCAAUAGCGAUGACGAUGAUAAUGUCGCGCCGUCUAUGAGUAAAAUGGCCAAUAAAGCGAUGAAGGGUAGAGGUUUCAAGAUGGAAGCGAAAAACUAUAGAAGUACAUAAUCGACGUGACUCCUUCCGUUCGUUUGUGAGUUGUACCGAGUGUACGAGGUUAGUUUUCGGCAGUGGUUACACAUAUACAAAGACCAUAUAUUGACGUUUUAAAUUAUGAUCAGUAUUUGUGUAAACAAGUAUUUCGAUUUUAUGUAGCAGUAUGUAUUAUACGCUAUACGUAUGUAGAUACUUACAAUAUCAAUUAUUAGUUGGCGAAAACUUAUAGAAUUAUGUUUUGAAACAAUUAUUUGCACGAAUAUAUUUUUAUAAUUUUCAGAAACUUUAUUUUUAAUUGCAUAAAAAU